AUGUUUAGGCAAUUGUCGUCCGACAGCACGACCAACCACAGGAACCGCGCCAAGGACACGAUCUACGCGCUAUCGACUCACCCGGGUAAAGCGGCAAUAGCUAUUAUUAGGAUCUCUGGCGCGCAAACAAGAGAUGUAAGAUGCAUUUGUUUGUUUACAGCCAUAUAUGAAGCCCCCCUCCCCGGUCCGCGCCAGGCAGUGCUGCGGCGGCUGUGGGAUCCGGCCGAUCCGAGCAACACAUUGGACACCGCCCUGUGUUUGUAUUUUGCCAGUCCGCACUCGUACACAGGCGAGGACAUGGGCGAAUUGCACGUACAUGGCGGGACCGCGGUGAUCGCCAGCAUUCUUUCUGCCCUGCGCAAGCUCAACCUGCGUAUGGCCGAGCCCGGCGAGUUCUCCAGGCGCGCCUUCGCCAAUGACAAGAUGGACUUGACCGAGCUCGAGGGCGUGGCCGAUUUGAUCAACGCCGAGACCGAAGCGCAGCGCCGGCUGGCAGUCCGCCAGGCGCAGGGCGAACUGCACCAGAUGUACGAGCAGUGGCGGGUGGAGAUGGUCAAGGGAAUGGCGAUGGUUGAGGCCUACAUUGACUUUAGCGAGGAGGAGAACAUCGAGGAUGGCGUGUAUCAGGCGGUACGCAGGCAGGUGGAGCUGCUGGAGGCGCAAAUCUCUAGGCACUUGGAUGACCGGCGACGUGGUGAGAUAAUGCGCAAUGGUGUAUUGCUGUCGAUUGUCGGCCCACCCAAUGCUGGCAAGAGCACGUUGCUCAACAGACUCGCACAGCGGCAGGUGGCAAUUGUUUCGCCAAUCGCCGGUACCACCCGGGACAUUGUGGAGACGACAUUGGACAUUGGCGGAUACCCAGUGGUCGUGCAAGAUACGGCAGGAUUGCGAGUCGCCAAUGACGCCAUUGAGCAGGAAGGCAUCCGGCGGGCUGUCGACUCAGCAAAGCACGCAGACCUCCGGAUCUGCAUGUUCGACAUACAAGAGCUGGCCGACCCUGGUACGACCGCAGACGAGCACGACUGGGACCCGAUCUUGGCGAUGCCAAAUACAUUUGUCGUCCUCAAUAAGGCGGAUAAGAUUGGUGCAGGCAAUCUCGACAGUGCCCGGAUUGGGAUGUGGAAGGAACGCCUGGGAAUCACAAACAACGUCAUGACCGUGUCGUGCUCCACUAUGCUGGGCUGGGAGCAGCUAAUGGAUACGCUUGCUGGUCGGAUUGGCGCCAAUUGGGAGUCGGCAGCGGCAGCGCAGAUGCCCCUGACCAAGGCCAGACAUCGGGAGCAUCUGGAGCAGUGUCUGGUGCACCUUGAGGCAUUUUUGCGGAUCGACGAAGACCUUGUUGUUCUGGCAGCCGAGGAACUUCGCAAGGCGAGCAAUGCCCUCGGCCGAAUCACCGGCAAGACUGGCAUUGAGGAUGUCCUUGACGCGCUGUUCAGCACAUUCUGCAUUGGCAAGUAG